AAGUUUAUAUAUUGACCGUUUAAAAAAAUAAAAACAUAAAAUUUUUAUUCACUCGUUCAUUCACUCAUUCAUUCAAACGUAUGACUGGGUUUUUCCCGCAAGAGUGUAUUGAUUUGUAACAGGAUCUAAGAACAUACAGCAAUUACAAAGUAUAGCUGCAGUCUACUAUAAAUACUUGGUAUUGCACAAGGCCAAAUAGGACAGAGUUAAAAAUAAGUAACUUGGUGGCAGUGCUUGUAGGAAUCUUCGCAUCAGUAAAUGAAAGUGUAUUUUCCAAGUUAAAGUUUUUGUUAAUUCAUACCAGUGCUAUUGUCAGUGAAUUCAGUUUAGUAGUAAAAAAUAGAAGCAAGUCAAUAACUGCAUGCAAGAGAAAGGAAGAGAGAAUUGCUUUGAUGAUUACACAACGUUCACUCAUAAGAGCCUCUUCCUUUGUAUCUGUAUUGUAUAAUUAUUGUGACAUUCAUCAGUGAACAACAAACUGGUUUUGUAGCAGCUGUGAAAAAAAAGGUGACAAUGUGGCUUUUUAUACUUUUUUAUUCAUCAUUUAUAUUACAAAAAUCCGAAACUGCGAAUGACUUAAUAACAGUGAAAGAAGUGAAUGCUGGACACUUGGCUGAGCUUCCAUGUUUAAGCAUUGAUGAACAUCAUCGUUUCAUGUUUUGGCAAUUUGGAACCAACAACGUUAUUGGUCCAGGAAAUCCUUUAAAUGAGAAGAAAUAUAAUUAUGAAGUAUUGACUGGCUUGCUUCAAAUCAGAGGUGUUUCAACAGCAGAAUCUGGAUUUUAUAAAUGUUUCUCAAAAGGCCUAUUUGAUGAUUCUCAAUUAAAAGUUCAUUCUGUGGAAUUGAUUGUUACAAACGAUUGGGAGCAACUUUGGGAAAAUGAUUUUGAGACAAACCUGUUACGGGGAAUGACUGCUGUCAUGGUACUGGUGGUUGCUGUAGCUGUCGUUCUUCUAAUUAUUACUGUUAAGAGAAAAAGGAGUAAAAGAUUCUUUGAUCUGGAGGAGUCUAGAGAUAAUUCUCCAGCACGAUACACGCCAGAUAAUACCCCUGGUGUUUCUUCAGGCAUUGAGAACGUUGGGCUGGAUAAUGCUGUUCUUGACAUCGAUUUCCCUAAAGUAUUUAAACAAAUGCAGAAGGAACAAGCAAUGCCAUAAAUUGUAUUGUGUACAACAGGAAAUUUAACAUUAUUACGUUUUAGUCUUUUUCUUCAUCUUUAAAUGUGUAUUUUGCAACAGAUUAUACUCGUUUUCUCUCUCUUGUUGUGCUAAUAACGUUUAGUUAAUUUGAAUGUAUUUUAGAAAUAUAUAUCUUGUAAUACCUCUAGAUUUUUCAAAAUAAAUGAGUUUAAAAUCAA